AAGUUUUGUCGUCUAUGAUUGACCCAACCCAGUGGUCGGUCUUCAUAAAAGAGUUAGGUGUUCUACGCCAUCUUAUAAGUCCAUCCUAGACAUUGUUGACGAUCAUGUGGGAUGACAUGUACAGAGCGAUAUCCAAUUUCGUUUUUAAGCACUAAUUAUGUUGUGUUGUGGUGCAGCAUGGUUACAAGUAAGCCAAGGAAAUGCAAAAGUAGCAGCCAUGUUCAAAACACCAUCAGGCUUUGAACAUGCCGGUUGGGUUGUUGCCGAGUCUGGCUGUUGGUCCAUGCUUAAGGGUGGCCUUGUUGUUAAUGCUUCUGGCCCUUCUCACCUCUACUUUGAGAGCAACAAUACAUUGGUUGAGAUAUGGGCAGAUAGCAUUUCCUUAAAACCAUUCACCGAAAAGCAGUGGAGAUCUCAUCAACAUCAAAGCAUUGAUAAGAAUCGCAAGAGCUCAGUGAAACUUAUUGCAAUGGAUGACAAAGGCAAUCCUCUAGCAAACGCCACGUUCUCCAUAAAGCAACAAAGACCCAAUUUCCCAUUCGGUUGUGCCAUGAACAAGAACAUACUCACCAACACUGGCUACCAAAACUGGUUCAUGUCCAGGUUCAGAGUAACCACAUUCGGGAAUGCAAUGAAAUGGUACAGCACCGAGCCUUAUAGAGGCAGGGAGGACUACUCUGUCCCUGAUGCCAUGCUCCAGUUUGCUAGCAGAAACAACAUCCGUGUGCGCGGUCACAACAUUUUCUGGGACGAUCCUGAGUUCCAGCCGCAAUGGGUGAAAUCACUCUCGUCUAAUGAUCUUUGGUUUGCUGUCAACAAAAGGAUGAACUCCAUUGUCCCCAGAUAUGCAGGGAAGGUCAUAGCAUGGGAUGUAGUGAAUGAAAACUUGCAUUUCCAUUUCUUCGAAAGCAAGCUUGGGCCAAACGCUUCCGCCAUUUUCUUCAACGAUGUUCACCGGCUUGACCCUGGAGCCAUGUUGUUCUUGAACGAUUACAAUACGAUUGAACAGGGUGGUGACGUGGCAUCCUCGCCUGCUAGGUACUUGCAGAAGUUUCUACAGAUUCGGGCAGGGGGUUAUCGAGGACCAAUAGCGAUUGGACUUGAGUCACAUUUCAGUACUCCCAACAUUCCUUACAUGAGAGCUGCGAUUGACAAACUUGCUUCUACAGGGUUGCCAAUUUGGCUCACUGAAGUAGAUAUACAAGGCCCCAAUCAGGCUACCUUCUUAGAUCAAGUGUUAAGGGAAGGUAACUCACAUCCUAGUAUCAAUGGAAUCAUAGUAUGGGCAGCAUGGAGUCCAGAGGGGUGUUAUCAUAUGUGUUUAACAGACAACAAUUUCAGAAAUCUCCCAACUGGAGAUGUCGUCGACAGGCUCAUCAGGGAGUGGAGCCAUUCAGGAUUGUCUGCAGGCACUACAGAUUCCAACGGUCACUUUAAAACUCGGCUUUUUCAUGGAGAUUAUGAAGUCACUAUCACUCACCCGAAUAUGGUGAAUUCUUCAGUGACUCGUAAGUUCAAGGUUGCUCCCAUAAAAAAAUCUCAACAAAAAUCACUACAUGUUAAGGUUUCCGCGUGAGAGUUGAUGUUUAGUUUUUAGUUUUUGAAUGGUUGUAUUGUUUUUGGGUUGUUGGUUGAUUCUUCACAUGCAUGUAUUGAAAUUGGAUGUUUUUGAAUCUCUCAUUUGUGGAGGGAAAG